AUGAGGAAGUUACAGAAGCUGGAGGUGAAGGCGAGGAAGAAAGAGAAAAUAUUUAUACAAUUUCAGAUGAAGUUCACUUUACAAAUCCAAAAAUUAAUAGUAUUGUCAUCAUUAAAACAUCAACUGUGAUUGAAGCAGAUAAAAAAAUAGCUCAUCAGCUUCGUAUAAUGAAUUUAAAUGAUUCCUCACCAUAUGAAACACUUCAUUCUUAUAUCAGCAGUGCAGUUGCUCCAUAUUUUAAGUCCUAUGUAAGAGAAACAGGACGUGCAGAAAGAGAUGGUGAUAAGAUGGCACCAACUGUAGAAAAGAAAAUUGCUGAGUUAGAAAUGGGAUUAUUGCAUCUUCAACAAAAUAUUGAUAUACCAGAGAUUACAUUACCAAUUCAUGCUCUUGUUGCUUCUACAAUUAAGAAAACUACUGAAGAAGGUCGUAAAGCUACAGUAAACGACUUUGGUGACAAAGUUGAAGAUUCAACUUUUUUAAAUCAGUUGCAGAAUGGUGUUAAUCGUUGGAUUCGUGAAAUACAGAAAGUUACCAAAUUAGAUCGUGAUCCAUCAUCCGGAACUGCUCUUCAGGAGAUCAGUUUUUGGUUAAAUUUAGAAAGAGCCCUCUUACGUAUUCAAGAAAAGCGAGAGAGCUCAGAAGUAGCCCUUACAUUAGAUAUAUUAAAGAAAGGAAAAAGGUUUCAUGCAACUGUGAGCUUUGAUACUGACACAGGAUUGAAACAAGCCUUAGCCACUGUGAAUGAUUAUAAUCCAUUAAUGAAAGAUUUUCCUUUGAAUGAUUUGUUAUCAGCCACAGAAUUAGAUAAAAUUAGAUCAGCAUUGCAAGCGAUAUUUUCUCAUUUAAGAAAAAUACGCAGUACAAAAUAUCCUAUCCAGAGAGCCCUUAAGUUAGUUGAAGCAAUUUCAAGAGAUUUAAUGUCACAGUUAUUAAAGGUUCUUGGCACAAGAAGAUUAAUGCAUAUACCAUUUGAGGAGUUUGAGAAGGUAAUGAAUGCUUGUUUUGAUGUAUUUACUACAUGGGAUGAUGAAUAUGAUAAAUUACAAGGCUUGCUUAGAGAUAUUGUUAAAAAGAAGCGAGAUGAACAUCUGAAAAUGGUUUGGAGAGUAAGUCCUGCUCAUAAACGAUUGCAGGCUCGCAUGGAACAAAUGAGAAAAUUUCGCCGUCAACAUGAACAGUUGAGAACUGUUAUAUUAAGAGUUUUACGACCUGCAGUAAUACCUAGACCACCACAAUCAGGCCAAAAUGAAGAACAACAAGAACAAAAAACAGAAUCGGGUGCUUUUGAUGCAGCUGAUGUAAAUGCUAGUGAGGAAGUAAAUUUGGCUUAUGAAAAUGUGAAAGAAGUUGAUGGAUUAGAUAUUUCCAAAGAAGGAACUGAAGCCUGGGAAGCAGCAAUUAAAAGAUAUGAAGAGCGUAUUGAUCGUGUGGAAACACGUAUAACAGCACGUCUUAGAGAUCAAUUAGGGACAGCCAAAAAUGCUAAUGAGAUGUUUAGAAUAUUUUCACGUUUUAAUGCUCUGUUUGUAAGACCUCAUAUCAGGGGAGCUAUACGUGAAUAUCAAACACAGUUAAUUCAAAGAGUUAAAGAUGAUAUUGAAGCACUUCAUGAAAAAUUUAAAGUUCAAUAUCCACAAAGUAAAGCAUGGCGUAUGAGCAAAGUUCGUGAUCUUCCACCAGUAUCUGGUUCCAUUAUUUGGGCAAAACAGAUUGAUAGGCAACUUUCAGUAUAUAUGAAGAGAGUAGAAGAUGUUCUUGGUAAAGGUUGGGAAAAUCAUGUUGAAGGCCAAAAGUUAAAAGCUGAUGCUGAUAGUUUUCGACUUAAACUUAAUACACAAAGCAUAUUUGAUGAUUGGGCAAGAAUGGUAGAAGAACGACCUUCUAUUAUUCUUCUAGUUGCUGGUUUAAAGAAGGAAGUUCAGCAGCUUGUUGCUGAGGGAAUUGGUCAAGUUUGGGAAUCAUAUAAGUUGGAUCCAUAUGUGCAACGUCUUGCUGAAACAGUUUUUAAUUUUCAGGAAAAGGUGGAUGAUUUAUUAGCAAUUGAAGAACAAAUAGAUGUGGAUGUUCGAUCAUUAGAAACAUGCAGUUACAGCACAAAUGUAUUUACUGACAUUUUAAAUAAGAUUCAGAAGGCAGUAGAUGAUUUAAGCUUGCAUCAAUAUUCAAAUCUGAAUUUAUGGGUUGGAAAACUAGAUGAAGAGGUUGAGAAAAAGCUUUCAUGUCGUUUGGAAGCUGGUAUAAAAGCAUGGACCAAAGCAUUAGAAGGAAAAAAGGAUGAAGUAGAUGUAUGCAUGGAUACUGAUGGACCAGCUACUGUAGCUCACAAACCUGGUGGUGACCCUCAAAUACCAGUUUUAGUGCAUGAAGUGAGAAUUACAAACCAAGUCAUGUAUGUCAGUCCCAGUGUGGAAGAAGCACGAUUUAAUAUUAUGCAGCAGUUAUUUGCAUGGGAAAAUGUUGUUCUUCUCCAAACUCGCAUUCAAAGUUCUCGUUAUCAGGUUGGUCUGGAUCGUCCAACAUCACAAACUUAUCGUAACUUACUAACCAAGAUGCCAAACGGUGCAAUUAUUUUAGAAGCUGCUUAUUCCAGUAUUGAAAACAAAAUUAAACAAAUGCAAGAGUAUGUUGCUGAAUGGUUAAGAUAUCAAACCUUGUGGGAUUUACAACCUGAGAUGUUGUAUUCAAAACUUGGAGAAGAUAUUGGAUGUUGGAUGCAUACACUAGUUGAAAUAAAGAAAUCCCGUGCAACAUUUGAUACUACAGAAGUUAGAAAAGAAAUUGGACCAAUUAUAAUUGACUAUGCUAAAGUUCAAUCCAAAGUAUCAUUAAAAUAUGACUCCUGGCACAAGGAUGUUUUAGGAAAAUUUGGUUCACUGUUAGGAUGUGAGAUGGCACAUUUUCAUUCUAAUGUCUCAAAGUCUCGAAGUGAAUUAGAACAACAGUCAAUUGACACAGCUAGUACGUCUGAUGCAGUAUCCUUCAUAACAUAUGUUCAGAGUUUGAAACGUAAGAUGAAGUCUUGGGAAAAACAAGUUGAUUUAUAUAAAGAAGGACAACGUAUUUUAGAGAGACAAAGAUUUCAGUUCCCAAAUAAUUGGCUUCAUGUUGAUAAUAUUGAAGGUGAAUGGUCUGCAUUUAAUGAAAUAAUAAAACGCAAAGAUGCUUCCAUCCAAACUCAGGUUGCUAGUCUUCAGAUGAAAAUUGUAACAGAAGAUAAAGCUGUUGAGGCACGAACUAAUGAUCUUUUAGUAGAAUGGGAAAAAAGUAAACCAAUUGAGGGAUCCUUACGACCUACAGAAGCUACCAGUCAGCUUUCAAUAUUUGAAUCUAAAUUCAGUAGAUUGAAAGAAGAUAGAGAUAAUGUAUUGAAAGCCAAAGAAGCUUUAGAACUACAAGAACCUGGUUCUCUUAGUGCAAGUGAUGAACGAUUACAAGUAGCUCUUGAAGAACUGCAUGAUCUUAAAGGUGUAUGGGGUGAAUUGUCUAAAAUUUGGGAGCAGAUAGAUCAACUUAAGGAACAACCAUGGCUUUCUGUUCAACCAAGAAAGCUUAGACAACAAUUAGAUGGUCUACUAAACCAAUUGAAAGAAUUACCAGCAAGAUUAAGGCAAUAUGCAUCAUAUGAAUUUGUGAAAAGGCUUCUUCAAGGCUAUACAAAAGUGAAUAUGUUAAUUGUUGAAUUAAAAUCAGAUGCCUUAAAAGAACGUCAUUGGAAACAAUUAAUGAAACAACUAAAAGUAAACUGGGUUUUAUCAGAUUUGACUCUAGGUCAAGUUUGGGAUGUUGAUCUUCAGAGAAAUGAAUCAGUUAUAAAAGAUGUUAUAUUAGUAGCACAAGGAGAGAUGGCUUUGGAAGAAUUUUUGAAACAGGUCCGUGAAGCUUGGCAGAACUAUGAAUUAGAAUUAGUAAAUUAUCAAAAUAAGUGUAGAUUAAUACGAGGCUGGGAUGACUUAUUUAAUAGAGUAAAGGAACAUAUCAAUUCAGUUGCUGCUAUGAAGUUAUCUCCAUAUUAUAAGGAAUUUGAAGAAGAUGCGUUAGCAUGGGAAGAAAAGUUAAAUCGUAUUAAUGCUUUAUUUGAUGUAUGGAUUGAUGUUCAGCGUCGUUGGGUUUAUCUUGAAGGUAUUUUUUCAGGAAGUGCUGAUAUUCAAACACUUCUUCCUGUUGAGACAUCACGAUUUCAAAGCAUUAGUGCAGAAUUUCUUACAUUAAUGAAAAAAGUAGCCAAAUCUCCACUUGUGAUGGAUAUUCUGAACAUCCCUGGUGUCCAGAGGUCUUUAGAACGUCUGGCUGAUUUACUUGGAAAAAUUCAGAAAGCACUUGGCGAAUAUUUGGAAAGGGAACGAUCAUCUUUCCCAAGAUUUUAUUUUGUUGGAGAUGAAGAUCUUUUGGAAAUUAUUGGCAAUAGUAAAAAUAUUCCACGUUUACAAAAACACUUUAAAAAAAUGUUUGCUGGUGUUGCUGCUAUUAUAUUAAAUGAAGAUAAUACUAUUGUUAAAGGAAUUGCAUCAAAAGAAGGGGAAGAGGUGGUUUUCAGUACUCCAGUGUCAAUAACAGAACAUCCAAAAAUAAAUGAAUGGCUUUCACUUGUUGAAAAAGAAAUGAGAGUAACGCUUGCUAAAUUAUUAGCUUCAGCUGUAGUUGAAAUUGUACCAUUUAAACAGGGAAAUAUUAGACCAUCUGAAUAUAUGAAGUGGGUUGACAACUAUCAGUCUCAAAUUGUGGUCUUGGCAGCACAGAUUUCAUGGUCAGAAGAUAUUGAAAAUGCAUUACAGACAGUUGCUAAUAAAAGUGACAAUGAUUUGAAACCAGUUGAAGAUGUAUUACAGGCAGUUGAAUCUACACUUAAUGUUUUGGCUGAUUCAGUUUUACAAGAACAACCUCCUCUCCGAAGAAAAAAAUUGGAACACUUAAUUACAGAAUUUGUACAUAAAAGAGAUGUUACUAGAAUGUUAAUCAAAAAUAAAGUUACCAGUCCAAAAUGUUUUGACUGGCUCAGUCGAAUGCGUUUCUACUUUGAUCCUCGCCAACCAGAUGUAUUACAACAGUUGUCAAUUCAUAUGGCAAAUGCCAAAUUUAAUUAUGGAUUUGAAUAUCUUGGUGUUCAAGAAAAGUUAGUUCAAACACCUUUAACUGAUCGAUGUUAUUUAACAAUGACACAAGCAUUGGAAGGAAGACUUGGUGGAUCUCCGUUUGGUCCUGCUGGAACAGGAAAAACUGAAUCUGUUAAAGCUCUUGGUCAUCAGCUUGGAAGAUUUGUUCUUGUAUUUAAUUGUGAUGAAACUUUUGAUUUCCAAGCCAUGGGAAGGAUAUUUGUUGGAUUAUGUCAAGUUGGUGCUUGGGGAUGCUUUGAUGAAUUUAACCGACUUGAAGAGAGAAUGCUAUCUGCUGUUUCUCAACAGAUACAAAUGAUACAAGAAACAUUAAAAAAUCAGCAAAAUAAAAAAGAUAGAAGCAUUUAUUCAUNAGGAUUCAGAACAGCAGAAAAAUUGGCUAGCAAAAUUGUACCCUUUUUCAAGUUAUGUGAUGAACAGCUGUCUAAUCAGUCCCACUAUGAUUUUGGUCUGAGAGCCCUGAAAAGUGUUCUUGUGAGUGCAGGAAAUAUUAAACGUGACAGAAUUCAAAAAAUCAAAGAUGAUAUGAAAGAAAGAGGUGAAGAAGCAGAUGAAGGAAUUAUUGCUGAACAAUUACCAGAACAGGAGAUUUUAAUUCAAAGUGUGUGCGAGACCAUGGUUCCAAAAUUAGUUGCUGAAGAUAUUCCUCUUUUAUUUUCUUUAUUAUCUGAUGUAUUUCCUGGCGUUUCAUAUACUAGAGCUGAAAUGAAAGGACUGAAAGAGCAAAUAAAGAAAGUUUGCCAAGAAAUGUAUCUUGUUUGUGGUGGUUAUGAUGAACAAGGAUGUCUUUGGAUGGAAAAAGUAUUACAACUUUAUCAAAUAUCACAAUUAAAUCAUGGCUUAAUGAUGGUGGGACCAAGUGGAAGUGGGAAGUCAACUGCAUGGCGAGUUUUGCUAAAAGCAUUGGAAAGAUACGAAGGAGUAGAAGGUGUUGCUCAUGUUAUUGAUCCAAAGGCAAUUUCUAAAGAAGCUUUAUAUGGCACUCUUGAUCCAAAUACUCGUGAAUGGACAGAUGGUCUUUUUACACAUGUAUUAAGAAAAAUCAUUGACAAUGUUCGUGGUGAAAUUAAUAAGCGACAGUGGAUUAUAUUUGAUGGUGAUGUUGAUCCAGAAUGGGUUGAAAAUUUGAACAGUGUUUUGGAUGACAAUAAGUUACUUACACUACCAAAUGGUGAACGUCUGAGUUUGCCUCCAAAUGUUAGAAUAAUGUUUGAAGUACAAGACUUGAAAUUUGCUACUCUUGCUACUGUGUCUCGUUGUGGUAUGAUUUGGUUCAGUGAAGAUGUCUUAUCAACUGAAAUGAUUUUUGAAAAUUUUAUGUCCAGAUUACGUAGCAUUCCAUUAGAAGAAGCAGAAGAAGAACUAACUUAUAAAAAGAAAAAGGAAGGAGAAUCCUUGAAAGAAGACAUCUUGUCUCCUACUUUGCAGGUGCAAAGAGAUGUUGCCUCAAUCUUGGCUCCUUACUUUACAUCUGAUGGUUUGGUAGUAAGAGCAUUAGACUUUGCUGCAAAACAAGAUCAUGUGAUGGACUUCACAAGAUUAAGAGCCUUAGGCUCCUUAUUCUCCAUGCUUAACCAGUCAUGCCGUAAUGUUCUCAAUUAUAACCAUAAUCAUAUUGAUUUCCCAAUGCAGCAAGAUCAGCUUGAACGGUACAUUCCUCGUUGUCUUGUAUAUGCUCUUCUUUGGUCAUUUGCUGGAGAUGGGAAAUUAAAAAUCAGAUCUGAUAUGGGAGAUUUUAUUAGAGGCAUUACUACUAUACCUCUUCCACCUAGUUCUUCUAUGCCUAUUAUUGAUUAUGAGGUCUCACUUGGAGGUGAAUGGGUUCCUUGGCAAAAUAAAGUUCCUCAAAUAGAAGUUGAAACACACAAAGUAGCAGCGCCAGAUAUUGUUGUUCCCACAUUGGAUACAGUGAGACAUGAAUCUUUAUUGUAUACUUGGUUAGCUGAACAUAAACCCCUUGUUCUCUGUGGACCACCAGGAUCUGGCAAAACAAUGACACUGUUUAGUGCUUUACGAUCACUUCCAGAUAUGGAGGUAGUUGGCCUGAAUUUCUCCAGUGCAACAACUCCUGAACUUCUGUUAAAAACUUUUGAUCAUUAUUGUGAAUAUAGGAGAACUCCAAAUGGUAUUGUUUUAGCUCCUAUUCAAUUGGGCAAAUGGCUAGUACUUUUCUGUGAUGAGAUAAAUUUACCAGAUAUGGAUAAAUAUGGAACCCAGAGAGUAAUUUCAUUCUUAAGACAAAUGGUGGAACAUGGUGGCUUCUACCGAACCAGUGAUCAGGCCUGGGUAAGACUUGAAAGAAUUCAGUUUGUUGGUGCUUGUAAUCCUCCAACAGAUCCUGGAAGAAAACCUCUAUCACACAGAUUUUUGCGUCAUGUGCCAGUUGUUUAUGUUGAUUAUCCUGGAGAAACAUCACUAAAGCAGAUUUAUGGUACAUUUAACCGUGCUAUGUUGCGCCUAAUACCAGCUCUACGUCCUUUUGCUGAACCUUUAACAGCUGCUAUGGUGGAGUUUUAUUUGAUGUCUCAGGAACGUUUUACUCAAGACAUGCAACCUCACUAUGUGUACAGUCCUCGAGAAUUGACACGUUGGGUGAGGGGAAUCUGUGAAGCUAUUAGACCACUAGAAACAUUACCAGUAGAAGGACUUGUUCGUUUAUGGGCACAUGAAGGAUUAAGAUUAUUCCAAGACAGACUUGUAGAGGAAGAUGAAAGAAGAUGGACUGAUGAAAACAUAGAUGUUGUUGCACUAAAACAUUUCCCGAACAUCAAUUCAGAAACUGCAUUGGUCAGGCCAAUCUUGUAUAGUAACUGGCUGUCAAAAGAUUAUUUACCUGUUGAUCGUGAACAAUUGAGAGAAUAUGUAAAAGCUAGAUUAAAGGUAUUUUAUGAAGAAGAAUUAGAUGUUCAAUUAGUGUUGUUUAAUGAAGUCCUGGAUCAUGUUUUGAGAAUUGAUAGGAUAUUUAGACAACCUCAGGGGCAUCUUUUAUUGAUUGGUGUAAGUGGUGCAGGUAAAACAACAUUAUCACGUUUUGUAGCAUGGAUGAAUGGGUUAAGUGUCUUCCAAAUCAAGGUUCAUAAUAAGUAUACUGCUGCAUAUUUUGAUGAAGAUUUGAGACAUGUUUUGAGACGAGCUGGGUGCAAGGAUGAAAAAAUCUCUUUCAUUCUUGAUGAAUCAAAUGUAUUAGACUCUAGUUUCUUAGAGCGAAUGAAUACUCUUCUUGCAAAUGGUGAAGUUCCUGGAUUAUUUGAAGGUGAUGAAUUUACAACACUAAUGACUCAAUGUAAGGAAGGUUCUCAAAGAGAAGGAUUAAUGCUUGAUUCUAAUGAGGAAUUAUAUAAAUGGUUUACUCAGCAGGUAAUGAGAAAUCUUCAUGUUGUAUUUACAAUGAAUCCAUCAUCAGAAGGACUGAAAGAUAGAGCUGCCACUUCACCAGCUUUGUUUAACAGAUGUGUGUUGAAUUGGUUUGGUGAUUGGUCUGAUGAAGCUUUCUUUCAAGUAGGAAGAGAAUUCACAUCUAAAAUAGAUUUGGAAAGAACUGGGUAUAAAGUACCAGACUACUUCCCUGCUGCUUUUCCUGGAUUAUCACUGCCUCCUAAUCAUCGGAGUGCAAUCAUUAAUGCAUUUGUUUAUGUUCAUCAAACUCUGCAUAAGGCAAAUGCUCGUCUGGCAAAACGAGGUGGAAGAACAAUAACAAUAACACCUAGGCAUUUCUUGGAUUUUAUUCAUCAUUAUGUUAAAUUAUUUAAUGAGAAACAAGAAGAAUUAGAAGAACAACAAUUGCAUUUAAAUGUAGGACUCUCAAAAAUCCAAGAAACUGUAGAACAAGUUGAAGAACUACAAAAAUCUCUUGCAUUGAAAAGCCAAGAAUUAGAAGCUAAGAAUCAUGCUGCUAAUGCCAAACUGAAAGAAAUGUUAAAAGAUCAACAAGAAGCAGAGAAGAAAAAAGUACAGUCUCAUGAAAUUCAAGCAGCAUUAAGAAAACAAGAAGAAAAAAUAGUUGAAAAACGAGCUAGUGUAAUGAAAGAUCUUGCUCAAGUGGAACCAGCUGUUAUUGAAGCCCAGCAAGCUGUUAAAUCUAUCAAGAAGCAACAUUUAGUAGAAGUGCGUUCCAUGGCCAAUCCACCACCACCUGUUAAACUUGCACUUGAAUCCAUCUGUUUGUUAUUGGGUGAAUCUACAUCAGAUUGGAAGGCAAUUCGUUCAGUGAUAAUUCGGGAAAACUUUAUUAACAUCAUUGUCAACUUCCACACUGAUGAUAUUACGGAUGAUAUUAGAAAUAAAAUGAAGACAAGAUAUUUAAAUAAUCCUGAAUAUAAUUUUGAAAAAGUAAAUCGUGCCAGUUUGGCUUGUGGACCUAUGGUAAAAUGGGCUAUUGCACAGAUAAAUUAUGCCGAUAUGUUAAAACAAGUGGAACCAUUAAGAAAUGAACUUAAGAGUUUAGAAUCUGAAGCAGAUGAAAAUAAACAAAAGGCAGAAGAAAUUGAUGCCAUUAUUAAUCAAUUAGAGAAAAGUAUUGCUGCAUAUAAAGAAGAAUAUGCAAAUCUUGUUAGUCAAGCACAAGCUAUUAAAUCUGAUCUUGCUGCUGUUCAAGCAAAGGUUGAUCGAAGUAUUGCUUUACUGAAAAGUUUGAGUUCUGAGCGUCAAAGAUGGGAAGCUACCAGUGAAACAUUUAAAAAUCAAAUGGCAACAAUUGCUGGAGAUGUACUCUUAGCAUCAGCAUUUUUAGCAUAUGCUGGUUAUUAUGAUCAGCAAUAUAGACAAAAUUUGUUUAAUAAUUGGUGUACCCAUUUGCAACAAGCAAAUAUUCUGUUUAGAAGUGAUUUAGCAAGAACUGAGUAUUUAUCUACUGCGGAUGAACGUUUGAGAUGGCAAGCUAAUGCUCUUCCCUCUGAUGAUUUGUGUACUGAAAAUGCCAUAAUGUUGAAGCGUUUUAAUAGAUAUCCAUUGAUAAUUGACCCGUCAGGACAAGCUACUGAAUAUAUCAUGAAUGAGCAUAAAGAACGCAAGAUAACAAAAACCAGUUUUCUUGAUGAUUCUUUUCGAAAAAAUCUUGAAAGUGCUCUUAGAUUUGGCAACCCAUUACUUGUACAGGAUGUUGAAAGUUACGAUCCAAUUUUAAAUCCAGUGUUGAAUCGAGAAGUUCGUAAAACAGGUGGUCGAGUAUUAAUUACUCUUGGAGAUCAGGAUAUUGAUCUUUCUCCUUCAUUCUGUAUAUUUUUGUCCACAAGAGAUCCAACAGUAGAAUUUCCACCAGACAUAUGCUCUAGAGUAACUUUUGUUAAUUUUACUGUAACAAGAAGCAGUUUACAGAGUCAAUGUUUAAAUCAGGUUUUGAAAGCAGAAAGGCCUGAUAUAGAUGAAAAACGAUCUGAUCUAUUGAAAUUACAAGGUGAAUUCCAUGUUCGUCUAAGGCAACUAGAGAAGUCAUUGUUACAAGCAUUAAAUGAUGCUAAAGGACGUAUUUUAGAUGAUGACAGUGUUAUUGGCACUUUGGAAAAACUUAAACAUGAAGCAUCUGAAAUCUCACACAAAGUAGAGGAAACUGACAAAGUUAUGGCUGAAGUAGAAACUGUAUCUCAACAGUAUUUACCAUUAUCUCAAGCUUGCAGCAGCAUUUACUUUACUUUAGAAGGAUUACAUCAAGUUCAUUUUCUCUACCAAUAUGCCUUGCAAUUUUUCUUGGACAUGUACAAUGAUGUCCUCACCAAUAAUACUCAUUUAACAGGCAUUACUGAUUAUAGUUCUCGACUUUCUAUCAUUACUUCUGAUCUUUUCCAGACAGUGUAUAAUCGUGUAACAAGAGGUGUCCUUCACGAAGAUCGCCUGAUAUUUGCUCUUUUGUUAUGUAAAAUUUAUCUCAGAGGGCUUUCAAGCGAACCUAAUUUCGAACACGAAUUCCAUCACUUCUUAAGAGGAAAAGAAGGAAUUUUACCAGGACAGCCAACAAUUCAUAUGGCUGGUCUCAAUCCAGACCAGUUGGAAAAUGCAACUGCCUUGUCCAAAUUGCCUGCUUUUAAAAAUUUACAACGUAAAUUAGAUAGUCAUGAGAACUUUCCAAAUUGGAUAGAAAGUAGCAAUCCUGAACAGGAUAUCCCAGUAUUAUGGGAAGAUGAUAGACCACUCACUCCCACAGGAGUAAUAAUGCAUCAACUUUUGGUAAUUCAAGCAUUUAGACCUGACUCUGUCAUAUCCAUAGCACAUCAAGUUGUCAAGACUGUUCUUGGAUCUACUUUUACUCAAGCUGCUGAAUUAGAACUUGAUCUUGCAAAUGUAGUUGAAAAUGAGAUUAAAUCAAGCACUCCUGUUCUUAUGUGUUCUGUACCUGGUUAUGAUGCCAGUGGGCGUGUAGAUGACUUAGCAGCUGAACUAGGUACCAGUAUUACAUCCAUAGCUAUUGGUUCUGCAGAAGGUUUCAAUCAAGCCGAAAAAGCCAUUAAUUCAGCUGCUAAAACUGGAAGAUGGGUAAUGUUAAAGAAUGUUCAUCUGGCACCUCAGUGGUUGGUGCAGUUGGAGAAGAAAUUACAUACUUUGCUACCACAUCCAUCAUUCCGUUUAUUCUUAACAUUAGAAAUUCAUCCUAAGGUUCCUGUCAAUCUUUUACGUGCUGGUCGUAUAUUUGUUUUUGAACCACCACCAGGUAUAAAAGCAAAUUUGCUUAGAACAUUUAGUACAGUUCCUGCUCAACGUAUGAUGAAGGCUCCAGGUGAAAGAGCACGACUUUAUUUUCUACUGGCUUGGUUCCAUGCCAUUGUUCAAGAAAGGCUAAGGUACUGUCCUUUGGGAUGGUCUAAACGUUAUGAAUUUAAUGAGUCUGAUCUCAGAGUAGCUUGUGAUACAUUGGAUACCUGGAUUGAAACAGUUGCAAUGGGACGUUCCAAUUUGCCUCCUGAGAAAGUACCAUGGGAUGCUCUUGGUAUUUUAUUUAGUCAGUGUAUAUAUGGUGGAAAAAUUGAUAAUGAAUUUGAUCAGCGUCUACUAAACUCAUUCCUUUCUAAGUUAUUUACGUCACAAAGUUUUGAACCUGAUUUUGCAUUAGUUUCUGGUGUAGAUGGAUCUGAUAAAGCAAUUAUUAUGCCUGAAGGCAUAAGAAGGGACCAAUUUUUGCAUUGGGUAGAAAGUCUUUCAGAUCGCCAAACACCAUCUUGGCUUGGCCUUCCAAAUAAUGCAGAGAAAGUUUUGCUGACUACACGAGCAUACGAUUUAAUUGCCAAGUUACUGAAAAUGCAAUUGUUGGAGGAUGAUGAUGAAGUAGUUUAUUCUUCAGAACAAGAGGUUAAGAAACGUGAAACUGAUGGAAGACCAGCUUGGAUGAGAACAUUGCAAAAUUCUGCCUUAACUUGGUUGAGAUUAGUUCCACAGAGUUUACAAAUAUUGAGACGCACAGUAGAAAAUAUUAAGGAUCCAUUAUAUCGUUAUUUUGAGAGAGAGGUAAAUGCUGCAUCAAAACUUCUCCAGAUUGUCAGACGUGACUUGGAAGAUGUCAUACUUAUCUGCAAAGCUGAAAAGAAACAAACUAACUAUCAUCGUAGUAUGAUCAGUGAUUUGGCUAAAGGAAUUUUACCUUCUCACUGGCGUCAAUACACAGUACCCCAAGGCUGUACAGUCAUCCAAUGGAUUACCGAUUUCUCUGACCGUAUCAAACAAUUACAGAAAGUUUCAGCAGCCUCUACUUCAGGGGGAGCUGCAGCUUUGAAAAAUUUACAUGUUUGGUUGGGUGGUCUGUUUAAUCCAGAAGCUUACAUCACAGCUACAAGACAAUAUGUUGCUCAGGCUAAUGGCUGGUCACUGGAAGAAUUAUCCAUGGAAGUAAAAAUUGCAGAUAAGGAAGGGGAUGAUCUUCCAAUGGAUGAGUGUAGUUUUGGGGUAACAGGUUUGAAAUUGCAAGGAGCAGAAUGCAAGAGGAAUCAAUUAUAUCUUACAUCAACCAUAUCAACAGAUUUACCACUAACCAGUUUACGUUGGUUAAAAACCACUACAAUUGUGUACCAGAAAAAGAUAACACUCCCUGUUUACCUGAAUUCCACUCGUGGAGAUUUAUUAUUUACAGUCGAUCUGGCAGCUGGAGAAAAGCAGCGAGAGCAUAGUUUUUAUGAAAAAGGUGUAGCUUUACUAUGUUCCACCGCUCUGGGUUAAUAAUCACUUAUACUUUUGGGGGGUAACUAUAUAUUAAAACACUUGUGAUAUUUAUAACUAUAUUAGAUUUUUUUGAAGCCACCUUGGAUUUUGUCAUAAUAAAGCUCGUUAAAAAUAGAGGGUAAAUUAUUGAUUUUUUAUGUCCCUUCAAUAUCUUAAACUAAAAGAUUGAAAUGUCGUACGAU